UGAGUUUGUAUUGGAUGGCGUGUUGGGGACCUGCUGUUAACCUUCAGCGCUGCGGACGAGGGAUCUGCCUGGGCAACCCCUCCCUCUUCGGAGGGCUCGGCCUGGACGGGCAGUGCAGCCAGUGCCACGACACACGGAGAGCUCGGCUGUCAACGUUGUACCUCAGUACUGCUGUAACUCCAGUGGUGGCUGUAGGUACCUACAGCAGUGCAAACACCGAGGCCCGUGCAACGUGACGGGCGCCGGACGCAAGGGCGCACCUGCCUGCAGUGCCAGCCGGGCUUGCCUCGCGCAUCGCUGGGAUUCCAGGGACCCCGCCCGCCACACACCUCAGCAUUGAAGCCCACGUUGGGCCGUGCGGAGCGCUGUGGUGCCUGUCGAUUGGCUUCGUCCCGCCAGAGUCGUUGCAGCAGUCCGACCCUGGAGGCGCAUCAGACGACCAUCCAUCCAUCCAUGCCUCCAACGUCCGCCCCCUCCCGCCGCACUCGGAGACCGACCUUGCAUGAGGGGUCAGGGGAUCUCUCUCUGUUGACUGGACGUCCGCCGAGGCACACCUUGCGUUGAAUGCAGCAAAAUGAUUCCGACUCCUCCUGAGAUUUAGACCUCGAUUGAGGCCAGCAUGUUUGGUCUCAAGGCCCCGGCUUCUCUGCCAUCUCUUCUUCAGUCACCGAGCUCUCACCUUAGUUCACGAUGACGACAGCUGACAGUGGAUCGCCACCUGGCCCGCACGGCACCUCGCAGGAGAGUGGAGUCGGGCGGGGACUCGGACCUCUGUUUCCCGAACAGGGUUGAACAGGCCACCGAGACGCGUGAUGAUGUGCCGCUUCGCCUGCGGGGGCGUACAGUCGUCCCGUCAAGUUUGAGAGUUGCAGGCGAUCGGCUCCACGAGAGAGUAACAUACUUUCUAGUUAAUCAGCUGGGAUACGAACGACACGAGGAGACGGUUGCUGACUACCAAGAGCAUUCGAAGUCACACCCAGCGGCUGCUCGAAAUUUCCAUGUUCGAUUGUGCAAUUGACGGACCUCUUCGAGACGAACGGUCGUCAUCGACGACAUUCUUAUGCCAUGCCACAAGAUUGGCGGCUUCCUCAUACUCCUCUCAAGGCCACCAUAAGAGCGCCUCUCAGCAUUGUCUCUCGAGCGCUUGAGGAGGAGUGAGGCACCUUACGAUGAGAGCGUGCCAUUUUGGAUGUAAUAAGAUCCUCCGCUCAAACAAAGUCUGGUCGACCGUGGCGUGUCGCAUCAGAUGCAGCAGCCCCUACGCCAGCGAGUCCAUCACGAUUCACGACAACCCGAUGCAGCGAGGAAGGCUCUGCCCAGUUCAUCGUGCUCGGCCGCAGUCCAGUCUCCUCCAGAGCCCGUGACACCCCUUCAAGUACUUACGCGAUUCAGACCGUCUUCUCUGCAUCAAGCUCGCGCGACAGUUUGCUUGCCCUGUGCAGAGUCUUUGGGGAUGGUCGGACGCAACGACAUGACCGCCAGCGAGCGAGGGGGGCGCGGGCUGACGUGCGCACAACGACCCAAGACCGGCCGAUGAGUCCACACCUUGUUUAUCAUGGAUCAUGCGGAUCAGAAAAUUGAAAGGGCCACGACACCUCAAGUACCUCGCGCAUUUUUGUGUGGUUUCUUUUUGCCUCCCCCUAAUGAGGUGCGAGCGCCCACCCUUCAAAUGAUGAGAGAAGAAAGAGGGUCUGGCGCAGACCCGGUGCCGCCUUUACCCUCUUUGUCAGCAGGGACGCGCAAUUCAUGGGCACGAAGCAACGUCAGCCCUGGCGUUGCCUCUCCUCUUUUUGCCCAUGAGCGACACGGCGGCACACGAAUGCGAUGAUGCGGCGGCGAAAUUUUGCUGCAACGCGAAGAAAACUGUGGAUAUAGAGGGCCCCUUGCUGGUUCAUACUUGUUCAUCCAUCUCCGUCGCACUCGUGGUUGGGCAACAUUUAUUUUGCGUGUUACACGCAUCGCCUGUCGUUCUCCGCCGCCCGCCUGGCCCCCCCCCCCUCUGCCGCUCUUUUCGGACCGUCGCCCCUCCCGUCAUGACCAGCCUCAGACAUGUCACCGACGACACCUGGCUUGCCUGACAGUGCCAUCAGGAGGCCAGGUACAGUCGUCGCCGCGCCGUAUAAACCGCCUCCGACUUUUCCCACGCGCCUCGCGCAGCAGGCGAGACCGAUCGAGGUCCAAGUCCCGCCCCUCAUCGCCGGUGCCCUGGUUGCCGCCUUCGCAAAGGCUCUGGCCGACGGUCUUGGAAACGAGCUUCUCACCCACUACUACCUCGGCGAUCAAGUUGUCAGGGUGAACCUCGACCGCGUCAUCGACCGCCUUCUUUCCACGUUUACUCACGAGCUUUGGGAUGAACUGUUCCAGUUCUACCACAAGGACGGCCCUCCUGGCGCAGAGGUUUCUCGCCAAGUCACGCGCCUGUUCGAAGGUCCAAUCCGCCAGAUAGUCUUGCUGCUGAAUGGCCCAGAGACUUCACCCUGUGUCCUUGACAAAAUCGGCCCGGGAUUGUCGCAGAGACAAACAACAUGGUCAACGAGUGCAGGGGGCAUAGAUUUACCCCUCGCUCUGCAGCUUCUCUGUAGCUACUGGCACAGGGAAAUGCCAUCGCAGUCCCCGGGAGGCUCACCAGAUGAUAUUGCUCGCUCAUUGCACGGCAUAAUUGUCAGUGGUACCGCCGCUCAGAAUCUCAUAUCCAGGUUUCGCAGGGUCUUGCUGUCGCCGCACCAUGUCCAGAUGCACCUUGCCGAAUCCGCCAUCUGGACCAUGCUCCUGAUCAAGCGACCUUACCCCUCGCCCUCCGAUGGUUUUCACGUUGCCCAGUUCAAGUACGAGUGCCAGCUGUUUGGGCCACUCGACGGCAUUGCGGACCCGCAGCUGGUCAAUCUGGGGACCCUGCCAGCCAUCACUGGCACUGCGGAAGACUGCACACACACAACGGUGUCCUCCUACGUCAAUUCACAGUGGCCCAAGUGCGGAAAGCUGGUCCUGGGUUGUCUCGAGGAAGCUGUGGGCAAUGCCUCAUACUCGUCCCGACACGGCGAGCCCAUGUCCGGCAUGUCAGUAUGGGACGGGACAGAUGAGAAUGGCCCGCCUUGUCCCGGAUUGCGACUCAUUCACAUCGAAGUCGAGGAGUCGGUGAUUCGAAUAAGCAUUUCGGCGUGGACACAUACAAUGAUUGAAGUCUUCCAGCAAAUGUGCUGGAUGUGCGCAGCCAUUAGCGCGUCCCCCUUUCCCGGCGCACUCUCCGAAUGCGCCGCUGAGGUGACUAGCUGGACCUAUCUGAAUGAAUCAGUAUACGUCGAUUGCAGCUUAGUGCAUCAGCCAGUCCCCAGUGCGACUGGUUUGCCAUGGUUGCGCCAGAUGCAAGGGGCAGCCAUUGCGAAGGGGUUUCCAUUUCCUGCACACGAAGUCCAGCAGCACGUAACGGCAUGACAUGUGCCCGGAGCUGUUCACAGCAAGCAACAAGUUCUUUGAAUUGCAUUCUAGAUCGAGCGAAAAACAAUAAAAUAUGAUACCCCAUUUUUCAAGGAUCGUACAGGCCUCUCGCGCGUCGCCCAGUCAACAGCUCGGCAUCGCCGGUUUCCGUGACCCUGUAAAUGUCUUCGUGCCUCAUGCCGAAUUUCCC